AUGGAGAGCUGGGAAAUCACUCCGUCCAUCUCUGCUCUCUACGAGCUAGCUGAAGAUCACCGCUGGAAGGCAGCUGUUGGCGCCAGUGCCAAGGAUUCCUCUCAUGACAUGGAUGGGAAUGCUGUUAGAAGCGCGGAAGGAUUCAAGGCGUUUGACGCAGGAGAUGAGCCAGUGGGUGGGGUGGGGGGAGGAUAUCCAUUUGGAGAUGAUAAUGACGAUGGCUCUGUCGUCGAUUUUGGUGGUGGUGGAGAUGAUGGGUGGAAUGAUGAUGGGUGUGGGUUCGCUGGGCCACCGUUUGCAGGUGAUGGUGCUCCUGGGAUGAUCCCAGUGGGCGAUUCUGAUGGGGAGAACGGGUAUUCGGAUGUUGAUGAUGGUAUGGACACUGCUGAUUGGCUGGCAGCAGGCAUGGGUAUGACGAGGCUCAAGGGGAGCAACGCAUGGGCUGGCCCUAAGCACUGGCACUUUGUUAAGUCGAAGGAGGAGCCGCCUGCAGCAGCUGCUGAGACGAAGGGGAGGAAGAAGAGAGCAGCAAAGUCGGAGCUGAUUGAUUUCUCAGACCCUCGGAUCGAUGAGUCCUUGUUUCAGGCCCCUAAAGCAUUGAAGGAGAUUCAGUUAACCAAGGCUGGUCGCAAGGUGGUUAAUACCUUGCUUCCGAAGGACUACCAUUAUGACGGUCGCAAGUUGGCAACGGUUUUUAUCAGCUCGGAUUGGAGCUUCUUGGCUCGGAAGGCCAGGAGCCGUGGUGGGGCGAAGCAAGGGUUUGAGGAUGGAGGCGGAGGAGAUGGGUUUGCAGCGGUUGGUGGCGGUGAAGACGUUUUUGAGGACGCGUGGGGAGGGGACGAGUGUGCUGAUCCGUUUGAUUAUGGGGACGAUUUUGAUGGGCAAGGGGAUUCUGCAGAGGUCAAGCCAGUAGAUAAUUUCAUGGAGGAUCUGGUUCCCAUGCCAAAGAAGGCACAAAAGAUUGACGUCAACUAUGCGAGACAGUCAAAGCAGGUGGAUGUGAAGAUUCUGAAAGACACUAUUUGGGUGGAGCUACAACGGCGUCAUGCCUAUGAGAGGGAGAAGCAGCAGGAUGAGGACGAAUCCUCCUCCGGCCCGAUCAGUUUCGAUCGAGUGCUCCAUAACUUCCCGGCCAACUGCAGGGCUGCCGCACUGAGUGACAUUUCAUCGGCGUACGAUGGCGGAUCCGCAGGGCGGCAGCACUCCUGGCCGUCUGAAGCUGUUCACGCGACGGCCGAAGAAGGCGCGAGAAACGUCAGGAGCCAGAGCUCCCCCGGACCUCCCCGCGCGCUCGUCCCCCUGGGGCAUCUUCUCCUUCUUCUCCUCCCCCGCAUCUCCGCCAACGCCCCUAUCCGCGCAAGGACCCAGAUCCGCGGGAGUUCCCCCCGGGUCUGGGUCAUCAGCUGUGCCUCCUCGGCCGCCCCUUCUGUACCGCAUGCGGGGGACGUUCAGUUUCUUGCUCGCCCUCAACCUCGUGCUGGGAGGCUACAUGCUCUUUAG